AUAGUUUUGCAGGCAUGCAUUAGUUCAAGAAUCUAUAGCCUCUCAACAUUGCUCUAUAAAUGUAUAUGAGAAGGUCCCCUUUCUCAUUCAAAGAGCCAACAUCAAAAUCCUAAAGUUCAAAGCUUCAAUUUAUACAUCUUCAAGCCUUGUAGAAAAAAUGAGCGUAGAAGUUUUGGAUGCUGCCACCAUCUUCAACUUCGUUGAUGAUGAAGAAGCAUUCGAAAUCUCGGUAUGUGACCGUUUUGCUCACCUUGACACUAACCAUGAUGGUCUUCUCUCCUAUGUAGAGAUGUUGAAGGAGCUUCAGUGUCUGAGGGUCUUUGAGACCCAUUUCGGCAUCGACGUGAAGCCAGACCCAGAUGAGCUAGCUCGUGUCUAUGAUUCCCUGUUCAUGCAGUUCGAUCAUGACUCUAAUGGGACGGUCGAUCUGGUGGAGUUCAAGGAGGAAACCAAGAGAAUGAUGCUUGCUGUGGCCAACGGCAUGGGGUUCUUGCCGGUUCAGAUGAUCCUGGAAGAGGAUAGCUUCCUGAAGAAAGCUGUUGAUCGAGAAUCCACAAGGGUGGCGGUUUAAGUUCAUUAACGAGUGUGAACUUGUUGAUGAAACGAGUGUGAACUUGUUCUUGUCUUUGUCCUCCUAUUUCCAAGGUACUGGAGCUGCAAUCAUGAUAAGGAAUUUUGUUCUGUUAAGAUCCAAAGUUCUAUAGGUUAAUAAUAGCUCCAAGUUCCAAGUACAAGCUAAUCUUAGUGCGGUGGUUAUAUAUCGAUCAGCAACUAAUACGGAAAAACUCAAUUGAUAA